AUGCAUAACACCAGCCUGUCCGGGUUCGAGGAGAAUAGGCAACGCUCUUUCCCAAGCCUCAUCCGAAUGACUCGUUGUCCUCAGGACCGACGAGCCGCCAAAGAGGACCGACGAGCCGCCAAAGAGGUACUCCCCGUCGGGGAAUCGAACCCCGGUCUCCCGGUGACAGGCGGAGAUACUGUCCACUAUACUAACGAGGAGCAGAUGACUAGCAAUCAGCACUGA